AGAGACAGAAUUGGCUUUCUUUUUGCGGUGGUUACCGGUUUGCAGAAAGUAGGAUCUGCACUUAGAGAAAGCACAAUGGGUCCUCCAGAAAAAGAAAGUAAAGCAAUCUUGAAAGCACGUGGAUUGGAAGAGGAACAGAAGUCAGAAAGAAAAAUGACUUCUCCAGAAAACGACAGUAAAUCAAUCCAGAAAGACCAAGGACCAGAGCAGGAGCAGACAUCAGAAAGCACAAUGGGUCCUCCAGAAAAAGACAGUAAAGCAAUCUUGAAAGCACGUGGAUUGGAAGAGGAACAGAAGUCAGAAAGCACAAUGUCUCCUUCAGAAAAUGUCAGUAGAGCAAUCCUGAAAGACAGUGGAUCAGAAGAAGUGGAACAGGCGUCAGAAAGAAAAAUGACUUCUCCAGAAAACGACAGUAAAUCAAUCCAGAAAGACCAAGGACCAGAGCAGGAGCAGACAUCAGAAACCUUACAAUCUAAGGAAGAAGAUGAAGUGACAGAGGCAGAUAAAGAUAAUGGAGGUGACUUACAAGACUACAAGGCCCAUGUGAUUGCUAAGUUCGACACAAGUGUGGAUCUACACUAUGACAGCCCAGAGAUGAAAUUAUUGUCUGAUGCUUUUAAACCAUACCAGAAAACCUUCCAGCCUCACACCAUUAUCCUACAUGGAAGACCAGGAGUUGGGAAGUCAGCUUUGGCCAGAAGUAUUGUUCUUGGCUGGGCACAGGGUAAACUCUUCCAAAAAAUGUCCUUUGUCAUCUUCUUCUCUGUUAGAGAAAUAAAGUGGACAGAGAAGAGCAGUUUGGCACAGCUGAUUGCUAAGGAGUGUCCAGACUCCUGGGAUCUAGUGACAAAGAUCAUGUCCCAACCAGAAAGACUCUUGUUUGUCAUAGAUGGCUUGGAUGAUAUGGACUCUGUCCUCCAACAUGAUGAUAUGACACUAUCCAGAGACUGGAAGGAUGAACAGCCCAUAUACAUCCUGAUGUACAGCCUCCUGAGGAAGGCUCUCCUACCUCAGUCCUUUCUCAUCAUUACCACCAGAAACACAGGCUUAGAAAAACUCAAGUCAAUGGUUGUGUCCCCCCUCUAUAUACUGGUUGAAGGACUGUCUGCAUCAAGGAGAUCUCAGCUGGUCCUCGAGAACAUCUCCAAUGAGUCUGAUAGAAUACAAGUCUUCCAUUCUCUGAUAGAAAAUCACCAGCUGUUUGACCAAUGCCAGGCCCCCUCUGUGUGCUCCCUGGUCUGUGAGGCUCUACAGCUACAGAAGAAACUGGGAAAGAGAUGCACCCUACCCUGCCAGACUCUCACCGGUUUGUAUGCCACGUUGGUGUUUCACCAGCUCACCUUGAAAAGGCCUUCCCAGAGCGCUCUCAGUCAGGAAGAACAGAUUACUCUAGUGGGUUUGUGCAUGAUGGCAGCUGAAGGAGUGUGGACCAUGAGGUCGGUGUUCUAUGAUGAUGACCUGAAGAACUAUAGCCUAAAGGAGUCUGAGAUCUUGGCCCUCUUUCACAUGAACAUCCUUCUCCAGGUUGGCCACAACAGUGAGCAGUGUUAUGUUUUCUCCCACCUCAGCCUGCAGGAUUUCUUUGCUGCCUUAUAUUAUGUUUUAGAAGGGCUGGAGGAAUGGAAUCAGCAUUUUUGCUUCAUUGAAAACCAAAGGAGCAUCAUGGAGGUGAAGAGAACUGACGACACUCGCCUCCUCGGGAUGAAGCGUUUCUUAUUUGGCCUCAUGAACAAGGAUAUCUUGAAGACUCUGGAGGUUCUGUUUGAAUAUCCCGUGAUUCCAACUGUUGAGCAGAAGCUCCAACACUGGGUCUCUCUGAUAGCUCAGCAGGUCAAUGGCACCAGCCCAAUGGACACCCUGGAUGCCUUCUAUUGUCUAUUUGAGUCUCAGGAUGAAGAGUUUGUUGGCGGGGCUCUCAAACGCUUCCAAGAAGUGUGGCUGCUGAUUAACCAGAAGAUGGACUUGAAGGUCUCUUCCUACUGUCUCAAGCACUGUCAGAACUUGAAGGCAAUCCGGGUGGAUAUCAGAGACCUCCUCUCGGUAGAUAAUACUCUCGAGCUGUGCCCUGUUGUUACUGUCCAGGAGACACAAUGUAAGCCCCUCCUCAUGGAGUGGUGGGGAAACUUCUGCUCUGUGCUUGGCAGCCUCCGGAACUUGAAGGAGCUGGACUUGGGCGACAGCAUCCUGAGUCAACGGGCCAUGAAGAUACUGUGCCUCGAGCUGCGGAAUCAGUCCUGCAGAAUACAGAAGCUGACGUUUAAGAGUGCAGAGGUAGUGUCUGGCCUGAAACAUCUCUGGAAGCUCCUUUUUAGCAAUCAAAACUUAAAGUACCUCAAUCUAGGGAACACUCCCAUGAAGGAUGAUGACAUGAAGUUAGCCUGCGAAGCGCUGAAACAUCCAAAGUGCUCCGUGGAGACUCUGAGGUUGGAUUCCUGUGAGUUAACCAUCAUUGGUUAUGAGAUGAUCUCCACGCUUCUUAUUUCAACCACCAGGCUAAAGUGUCUCAGCCUGGCCAAAAAUAGAGUGGGAGUAAAAAGCAUGAUAUCCCUUGGGAAUGCCUUGAGUAGCUCAAUGUGUCUACUGCAAAAGUUGAUACUGGACAACUGUGGCCUCACACCUGCCAGCUGCCACCUUCUGGUCUCAGCCCUUUUCAGCAACCAGAACUUGACACACCUGUGCCUGUCAAACAACAGCCUGGGGACUGAAGGAGUGCAACAGCUGUGUCAGUUCCUGAGGAAUCCAGAAUGUGCUCUCCAGCGGCUGAUACUGAAUCACUGCAACAUUGUAGAUGAUGCUUAUGGCUUCCUGGCAAUGAGACUUGCAAACAACACAAAGCUGACCCACCUGAGCCUGACCAUGAACCCCGUAGGGGAUGGUGCAAUGAAGCUACUGUGUGAAGCUUUAAAGGAACCUACUUGUUACCUUCAAGAACUGGAACUAGUGGACUGCCAACUCACACAGAACUGCUGCGAGGACCUGGCCUGUAUGAUCACAACAACCAAGCACUUAAAAAGUUUGGAUCUUGGUAACAACGCCCUGGGUGACAAAGGAGUCAUAACCCUGUGUGAGGGACUGAAGCAAAGUAGCAGCUCCCUGAGGAGACUUGGGUUGGGGGCAUGUAAGUUGACUUCCAAUUGCUGUGAGGCAUUGUCAUUGGCCAUCUCUUGCAACCCUCACCUGAACAGCCUAAACCUGGUGAAGAAUGACUUCAGUACAUCGGGGAUGUUGAAGCUGUGCUCUGCGUUCCAAUGCCCUGUCUCUAACCUGGGGAUAAUUGGCCUGUGGAAGCAGGAGUACUAUGCCCGAGUGAGAAGACAGCUGGAGGAAGUUGAGUUUGUCAAGCCCCACGUGGUGAUUGAUGGUGAUUGGUAUGCUAGUGAUGAAGAUGACCGAAACUGGUGGAAAAACUGAAGACAUGAGCCCCCUCUCCUUCACGUCCUAGCACUGCAGUAUCUGUGAAAUGUUUGUCUCACCUUGGAGGAUGUAGCAAGAAUGAAAUAAACACAGCAUUUAGAAAAGCA